AUGCUAAGGCUAUAUCCGACAGUAAAUAUUGCUCUCUCUCUGGCAAGACGAGGAUUCCGAACUGGCAUUCUCGACACAGAUAUAUUUGGACCAUCUAUACCUACGCUAUUGAACCUAUCUGGUGAACCACGGCUUGACGGGAAUAACUGCCUCAUCCCUCUCACUAAUUAUGGCUUGAAAUCGAUGUCCAUGGGAUUCUUGCUCCCACCACCGCCUGAAAAUGCAAGGCACUUGACAGAUGAUCCGAACUCACCCCUUAUGGACACCACUCCCAUAUCCUGGAGAGGGCUCAUGGUCAGCAAGGCAAUGAACCAGCUUCUUCAUUCUGUCUCAUGGGGUCCGCUUGAUGUUCUCAUACUAGACCUUCCGCCGGGUACGGGAGACGUACAGCUUACCAUUAAUCAAGAAGUGGUCGUUGAUGGUGCUGUUAUUGUGUCUACCCCCCAGGAUAUUGCGCUACGAGAUGCAGUUCGAGGAUUUGGCCUGUUCGAAAAGAUGAAUGUCCCUGUCUUAGGGAUGGUGCGGAAUAUGGCGUAUUUUGCUUGUCCCCAUUGUGGAAAGCAGACCAAAAUAUUCUCUCGGUCGGGUAACCGCGGUACGGGAAAUGAGGAACAUGGGCAUAACCACGGUGAUACUACUGGAGUAGUUGCGGCCUGCAAGCGCCUUGGUAUUGAUUUUCUUGGAGACAUCCCUCUUGAUGCACGCGUCUGUGAAGAUGCAGACAGGGGCAUGCCUACUGUCGUGGCGGAAGAAAGUGACGAUAGAAGUGCUCGCCGGAAUGCCUUCUUAGAUCUAUCGAAGAAAGUUGCGGAAAAAAUUGGACUCAAAUGGUGA